CUAGAGUUCUCAGUUUGUCUCUCAGUGACGAGACGUACAUUAUUUCGUUGUCAUGUUGUUUCAUAUUGUCGUACUGUACUUGCUGGACUCAGUGAGCGCAAAGUCGCCGCACAUUAUCUACAUCCUCGCCGACGACUUGGGAUGGAAUGACGUGGGUUUUCAUGGUGCUGGGGAUAUCCGGACACCAAAUAUCGAUGCCCUGGCGUACACUGGAUUAAUCCUGAAUCAUCACUAUGUGACACCACUGUGCUCACCGAGCAGAAGUGCUCUCAUGACCGGAAAAUACCCAAUACACACUGGCAUGCAGCACGGGGUCGUGAAGGGGGCUGAACCAUGGGGAUUAUCGCUCGACGAGAAACUUCUUCCGGAGUAUUUACGGGAUUUGGGUUAUCGCCGGCAUAUUGUUGGCAAGUGGCAUCUCGGUCAUUUCGAGAGCAAGUAUACACCCUUGUGCAGAGGGUUUGAGAGUCAUCUUGGAUUUUGGACUGGUCAUCACAAUUACUUCGAUCACACGGCUGAGGAAUUGCCGUACUGGGGAGUGGACAUGCGUCGGGGUAUGGAUACAGCAUGGGAUCUCCACGGAAAAUAUUCCACUGACGUAUUCUCCCAGGAAGCGGUGAAAGUCAUCGAGAGGCAUGAUGAUACAGAGCCGCUAUUCUUGUACCUAGCUCAUGGCGCAACUCACUCAUCAAAUCCUUAUGACCUGCUACCAGUACCUGACGAGACCAUCGAAAAAUUUCCCAAUGUCCAGCAUUACAAACGCCGGAAAUUCGCCGCCAUGUUGAGUAAAGUCGAUGAUUCAGUCGGAGCUGUUGUCCAGGCACUCCAUAAAAAGAAAAUGCUCAAUGACAGUGUCAUUAUAUUUUCUUCGGACAAUGGGGGACCUGCCGCGGGUUUUAAUGGGAAUGCCGCGUCCAAUUAUCCACUCAGAGGUGUCAAAGCUACUCCCUGGGAAGGUGGAGUUCGAUCAUCAGCGCUGAUAUGGUCCCCAAGGCUCUCCAAUCCUGGAAGAAUAUUCACCCAAAAAAUGCACAUCGUUGAUUGGCUCCCAACACUUUUAACACUCGCUGGAGCCAAUAAAUCAUCUAUCCCAGCAUCUCUAGACGGCCUAGACAUGUGGCAGUCUAUGAAUACCAAUGAGUCACCACCUCCUCGCGUCAUUCUCCACAACAUCGAUGUUUUGGCGAAGUAUGGAGCAAUAACUAUGGACAACUGGAAGCUGAUUAACGGCACUGAUUACGCGAGUUAUGGCAGCUGGUACGGUCCAUCAGCCUGGGACACACCGUACAUCAUCAACGAAGUCAUUGAUAGCUCAGCAGGUCGUGCGGUAACGUCACUCGGCUGUCAAUUAACGAGUACAGAGAUAACUGAACUCCGAGAGAAUUCGAAAAUCGAGUGCGGCGAGAGAAACCCGAGUUUACCUGAUUGUCGACCUCUGAAGGCCCCUUGUCUCUUUGAUAUUCAUCAGGACCCAUGCGAAUUAAACAACCUUGCCAACCAAAAUGCUGAAGUACUCGAGAGGAUGAUGCGAGAGUUGAUUCAUUUGAAUUCAACGGCUGUACCUGCGAGAAAUCGUAAGGUGGAUCCACGCGGAAAUCCAGCGCUGUGGAAUCACACGUGGCAUAAUUUCGGGGAUUACACGGGGAAAGCAAGAGGAUCGGAUUUCCAGGGAGAUUUUAUCUGUCAUAGUGCAUAAUUGUCAUGACCUGGUCA